AUGAACAAGACUUCUCGGACGGAUGAGCCAUAUGAAGGAGAUGGCUACAACCAAAAUCCGAAUCCUCUUUCGAACGAUUUGGUCACCAAUGAAGCCCUGAAUGGCAUUGUCAACUCGAGGGAGCUGAAGAGGGAGGAACCGCAGUCCUUGCAUGGAGAAACGCAGAAUGUUGAUCGUGAUAAGAAUGCCAAUACUCAUCCUGCUACGGGAUCGGGCGAGGCGUCGAACUCGCUGGCCAGUCCACUGACUGGUCAGCUUCCAAGAGGAGAUAACAAACUUCCUCUGUCACAAAUAGCUACUGUUACACCCGAUAACGAAGCUGCUGGCCCCUCUGGCCCAGAGAAUAGCCGUGAUUCCCUAAUUGAGCGAGUUAAGAAAGUUUUGCUCAAAUUUUGCACUUUUAUUGGCCCGGGAUUUAUGGUAUCUGUGGCGUACAUUGACCCUGGUAAUUAUUCAACUGGGAUUGCUGCUGGAGCAUCGUAUCGGUUUCGGUUGUUGUUUGUCAUUCUCAUGGCGAACCUAUUCGCCAUUUUGCUCCAGUCCCUUGCUAUUAAGCUUGGAACUGUAAGUGGAUUAAAUUUAGCAGAGGCAUGCAGAGCCUUUCUCCCACGGUGGCUCAACAUCCUGCUAUAUGUUCUUGCCGAAGUGGCCAUUAUUGCCACUGAUAUUGCUGAAGUAAUUGGAUUUGCGAUCGGCUUGAAUCUCCUUAUCCCAAAGAUACCGCUGAUUGUCGGAUGCGCAAUCUCAAUCUUCGACGUCAUGAUUAUUCUGUUUUUCUAUCGUCCAGAUGGUUCCAUGAAGGCUCUGCGUGCCUUUGAGGCUGUGAUCAUGUGUUUGGUGCUAGGCGUAGUCAUUUGUUUUUGCAUCCAGCUUUCACUCAUCAAGAACGCUACUGUAGGAGAAGUCUUUAGGGGAUAUUUGCCGUCCGGACAGCUCGUUGAGGGACAAGCCAUCUACCAAGCAUGUGGUAUUCUCGGAGCAACAGUCAUGCCGCACAGCCUCUACCUAGGGUCAGGAAUAGUUCAGCCACGUCUGCGAGAGUAUGAUGCAAAAAGCAAACUCUUGCCGCCAGAACUACUGUCGGCAUCUUCUUCCGUCAACGAAGGAGUCGACAAGGAUAAAUUGCACUACAUUCCGUCCAUCCGCGCGAUCAGACACUCGCUGAAAAUCUCCAUUGCCGAACUGACGGUCUCCUUGUUUUCCUUCGCCCUCUUUGUCAAUUCAGCAAUUCUUAUUGUUGCAGGUGCAUCCUUAUACAAAAAUAAGGAUGCUCUAGAGGCAGACAUAUUUGGGAUCCACGCGCUUUUGUCAAAAUCCAUUUCUCCUGCAGUGGGUACAAUUUUUGCUCUGGCAUUGCUGCUUUCUGGAAUCUCUGCCGGAGUUAUUUGUACCAUUGCUGGCCAAAUGGUGAGCGAGGGCGCCUUGAAUUGGAAGCUUCGGCCCUGGCUACGACGUUUGGUAACUCGAAGUAUCAGUAUCGUCCCAAGCAUCAUAAUCGCAGCAGCUGUGGGGCGUCAGGGACUGAACGCAACAUUGAACGCAUCCCAAGUAGUAUUGAGUAUUGUACUGCCAUUUAUUACGGCACCCCUGAUCUACUUUACUUGUCUCAACAAGUAUAUGACAGUCCAGCCCGGGAGUGCACGUUGUCUUGCACCCAAUGAAGGCAUAUUCCGGAACAACCGUCAGGUCGUUGGGGCUGCACACCAGGGUGAAAGCAUUAUUAAAAUGGCAAACUCAUGGUACAUCGCUGUCGUCGCUGGGCUGGUGUGGCUUUUUAUUACCGUGAUGAACGUCGCUAAUCUGGUGCUCCUUGGGCAGGGGGCAUGA